CUCUGAAGAUCGCUAUAACAACCGUGUUGGGGGGGAAGAAUUUAAUAUCUUAAAAGUAAUGAAUUAAAUGCUGCUUCCGGCGCGUUUAAUGCGAUAUAACUUCAUAAUGCCUCCGUUGAUAAAGAAUUCUGUUUUAUAGCCAAGUUUCCAAUGUAACCUGAAUUGUUUUGGUCGCGGGAAUUUAACAUUAAUUAGGAACACGUUAAGAUAGUAGAGCCACUUUCCUACGCCUAUACAGCUUUUAAGACCUGCAGUUAGGUGUUCGGGUAUAUUCGGUUAUUUAACUAUAAGUCUGAUACUUUCUCCGUCUUGACAUUGCAGUGUGUGUGUGUUUUAAAUACGAGUCCAGUCUUGUCAGGAAUAAGCUUGUGUGAGGAGAGCAAAACCCAGCUCCUUCACGGCACCGCUUUGGCUUCCGUCUCUUUAAACUCGCUCCUCUAGCUCGCUGGAUAAAGUUCCCGCGAAAUCAAAAGUGUGUCCAGAGGUGAAGAAUGGCUUCUUCGUCCGGAAACGAUGACGACCUCACCAUCCCGAGGGCAGCCAUCAACAAGAUGAUAAAAGAAACACUUCCUAACGUGCGGGUGGCCAACGACGCCCGGGAGCUGGUGGUGAACUGCUGCACCGAGUUCAUCCAUCUGGUCUCCUCCGAGGCCAAUGAGAUCUGCAACAAGUCUGAGAAGAAGACCAUCUCCCCGGAGCAUGUCAUCAACGCACUUGAAAGUCUCGGUUUUGGAUCCUACAUAACGGAAGUGAAGGACGUUUUGCAGGAAUGUAAAACAGUCGCGCUGAAGCGGAGAAAGGCCAGCUCACGUCUGGAAAAUCUCGGCAUCCCAGAAGAGGAGCUACUCCGCCAGCAGCAGGAGUUAUUCGCCAAGGCACGGCAGCAGCAAGCUGAACUCGCCCAGCAGGAGUGGCUGCAGAUGCAACAGGCGGCACAGCAGGCCCAGUUAGCAGCAGCAGCAGCUUCAGCUACCGCAGCGCAACACGCCCGAUCCUCCCAAGAAGAUGAUGAAGAGGAUGACAUGUGAUAUCUCUCUCUCUCUCUCUUUCUCUCUUUCUCUCUCUGUCUUUGUUUUUCUCUCUCACACGCAGUAUCCGUUUAUAUUGACUUUUUAGAAAAAACAUUGCCAGACGGCUGUUUUAUUUGGCCCUCCCCUUAUGUCAAAAUAGAGUUAGACUUUUGUCCUCCUUCUGAUUUUCAGAGACGUAUUUCUACAUUCAUCAGACAGUUCAAAUAUUUAAGGCACCAUGUUGUAUGUACGUCAUUGUUUUUUGGACUCCUGUGUUGUAUGAUAUAUUGGCGGCAGAAGAUGCAUUACGUUUAAUUGUUCUCGGUUUGGUGCAGGAAUGAGUAUUUACACUCAAAUGCCUCCUGUUUUAGGUGUCCUGUAGAUUUCUUGCUUUUUGUUUUUGUAAAAUAAUUAGUUAAAAUACUUCCCCCUCCCCCCUGUAAUUUUUACAGCAGUGGUUCCUUCCCUGUCUUGCUCUGUUUGCUAGGCAGAGCCGAACUGGGUUGUAAAGUAGGACGUUUCUGUUUUGUCUCUCUUUAGUUGGUAAGAGUACAGUGUAUUUAGGACGCAGCUUUUGUCUGGCCUGUGUUCAGAACAGUAUUGAAAGGAGAACUACAGAAUAAUAUCUGUCUCUUUAGUACCAAAGAUAGAGAAGAAACUUCAGUCACCAGAUAGUCUUAAAAACCCUCUGGACAGUUUUACACUCUUGCAGAAAAAAACUCUGGUCACUGAUGGCACUGAGCUAUGCCACCGUCAGUGUCCCUAUAUUGAUAGCAACUAUCAAAACUUAAAAAUCUUUUCAUAUCCGAGCAGAAGGUUUUUGUUCCUCUGUAUUUCUCUGGUGCAAUGUGUAGAAGUUGCAUUGUAAAUUUGUGGUCAAUUCUUAUCUUGUGAAGAUUGGUAAGUUUUAGUUGAGGCACGUGUUCACAUGGCUUUGCAGGAGCUGUAAGCUGUAUUCUCUAAGCAAUAAAAGUCAACAUGUUUUAUAAA